UAGGCCGCGCCUCUCCCCCAAGCUUGGCCGUCCCGUCUCUUCUCGGGCAUAAACCUCAGCAGACGGCGGCUCGGGCGCGGAGACCCAGCCAACCAACCAACCUAUCCGAUGGCCGGGAAGAAGCGGCCCCCGACGGCGCUGGCGGAGCUCGGCCCCGCCGCGUCGGACUCCUCGCAGGACGAGGCCGCGGCGAGGGCGGCGGGCCCGGCGGGGGAGGUGCCGGCGAAGAAGAAGAAGAAGCUGGCCAUGGAGGUCAGGAAGCAGCGGAAGCAGCUCGACAAGGACCGCCACCGCCAGUCCGCGGAGAAGGCCGCCGCCGCCCCCAAGCCGCAGCCCGCGCCUGCACCCGCCGCGGCGGCGGAGGAGGCCGCGGCGGUGGUCCCGGUGCCCGCGCCCGCUCCGGUGGUGGCGGGGCCGGGGCUCCACAUGAAUGUCUUCAGGGACCUGGCGUCGCCGGAGGCCUCGCUGAGGGAGGCCGCGGCUGAGGCGCUGGUGGCCGAGCUCCGGGACGUGCAGAGGGCGUACGAGAAGGAGAAGGCCGCGCGGGAGGAGGGGGAGGGGGAAGAGGGGGAUCGCGACGACGGCCCUUCGCAGAUGAUGGAGGCCGAGAAGGAGGACGGGUUGGAUAACUGCGCGCCCGCCGUGCGGUAUGCCAUCCGGCGGCUCAUCCGCGGUAUCUCUUCCUCUAGAGAGUUUGCAAGGCAAGGAUUUGCGUUGGGUCUCGCAGCUGUGCUCCAAUCAAUUAAAGCGAUCAGCGUCGAAGCCGUUAUGAAGUUGAUACCUGCUUUGCUGGAAUAUUCGGCUUCCAUGAAAGGACCGGAAGCUAAGGACAAUCUUUUGGGGCGCCUCUUUGGAUUCGGAUCACUUGCAAGGUCUGGAAGGGUUUUAGGACAGUGGAAACGUGAUAAGUCUUCUCCUAUUCUCAGGGAUUUUGUUACAGAGGUUGUGCAACUUGGAAAUAAGAAACGAUAUCUCACCGAGCCUGCGGUUGCAUUGAUUCUGGAUUUAACCAGGAAGCUGCCAGAUGAAGCUAUAUUCUCUGAGGUUCUAGAUACCCCUUGUGUACAAGUUUGGUUCAACAGAGCUGCUAAUGUUGGAGAUCCAGAUGCGCUCUUCCUGGCUUUGAAGUUCCAAGAAAGAAGUAAUGUUCAGAGGGAGAUAUUUGGGAAGCUUCUGCCAUAUCCAUUCAGUCUUGACAAUUUUUUCACAGAAGAGCAUCUUCUAUCCCUUGCUGCUUGUUUUAAGGAAUCUGCAUUUUGUCUUCCACGCAUUCAUAGUAUAUGGCAUGUUAUCACGGACAUGCUCAUCCGGGAGGAAGCUUCUCAGAGUGAUAACAAUACGAGUUCUAGCAAAAAGCACAAAAAGAGUAAGAAAGGCAAUUCCUCUGAGGAUUCAAAAAAGAACCUACGCAAUUUCUGUGAGGUUAUUAUUGAAAGAUCAUUGCUGCUCUCAUCUCACGACCGGAAGCAUCUAGCAUUUAAUAUAAUUAUUGAUCUCCUACCAAGACUAUCUCCAUCAUCUAUUCAAGUAAUUCUGUCCAGCAAAGUUGUUCUUGGAUUGAUGGACAUUCUGUCUAAUGCUUCAUCGUGGUUGUACAAUGCCGGUCAACAUUUUCUGAAAGAAUUAGUCAGUUUAGUAAGCAAUGACAAUGAUCGUUGUGUUGCUGUUGUCAUCAACUUGCAGAAGUAUAGCUUUGGAAGAUUUGACAGCCUGACAAAAACAAAAACUGUUAAAGGGUUGAUCGCCAAGAUCCAGAAUGGCCAAGAUUGUUUGCAUCUUGUGCAAAAUUUGAUGGCACUCUUUGUGGAUGAAGGUUCUGUUGCAGAUGAACCAUCUGAUCAAAGUCAGACAACUGAUGAGAAUUCAGAAGUUGGCUCAAUUGAAGAUAAGGAACUUGUUGGCGAAGGGAACGCUGACCUUCUGAAGAGUUGGGUGGUCAAUACAAUUCCAUUUGUCUUGAAAAAUCUGAAGCUUACAUCUAAAGGAAGUUCGCUGACAGAUUCUGAGAUGAUCAAGUGUAUUGAAGAAAAAUUUCAGGUGCAGACUGAGAUACUAAAAUUCUUUGCAGUCCAAGGUCUGUUCUCAGCCUCUUUAGGAACUGAGGUGACAUCAUUUGAGUUGCAAGAGAAGUUCAAAUGGCCAAAGACAGCUAUAUCAACAUCACUUCGCAAUGAAUGCAUCGAACAACUUCAGUUAUUACUAGAAGAUGCACAAAAGGACGAGGCUUUGCAUGUUAGCGGGGUUAAGUCUAAUGACUUAGGCUUCUACUUCAUGCGUUUCAUUAACACUGUGUGCAAUAUUCCUUCAGUUUCACUGUUCAGAACCUUGAGCAGCAAUGAUGAUAAUGCAUUCAAGAAAACACUGGCUACGGAAUCUGCACUUUUCCAGGAGGAAAGAAAAAUUGGCACUGGAUUGGAUUCAACUAAAAUGCACGUGAUACGUUAUCUCCUUAUUCAGUUACUGCUGCAAGUUCUGCUCCAUCCAGAGGAGUUCUGGGAGGCUGCAAUUGAUGUGAUUAUAUGUUGCAAGAAAACAUUUCCUUCAAUUGCUCAGUGCGACAAUUCCAGUGCGCCGGAAUCUGUUGAGGGUGGUACAGAGGAGUCUGAUGAGGAUGGGUCAGAUGAGCCUAAUGAGGAUGGGUCAUUAGAGUCUAUUGAUGUACUUGUGCAGACUUUUCUCUCUGUUUUGCCUCAUGUAUCUGGCCCCGUGUGUUUUGCCAUUGAACAGGUUUUCCGUGUGUUCAGUGAUGAGAUUACAGAAACAGGGCUUCUUGAUAUGCUGAGAGUUGUAAAGAUAGAUUUGAAAGGCUCCCGUCGUCAAACAGAUAGCGAUGAUGAUGAAGAUGAGGCUCGUGUUGAUAUCGAAGAUGAUGAUGAAAUGGAAGAUGCGGAUGUUGGGAAUGUUGAUGAUGCCCCAGAUGAAAUGGAUGAGGAAAUGGAAGAUGAUUCAGCUGAUGAAGUAGAUGAGGAUCAGGAUGAUUUGGAAGAAACAGUCGACAAUAAGGCAAAAGAUGGAGAUGAGGCAGAAGCUACCAAAGGUGGGGAAGAUUCAGAUGAUUCAGAUGGUAUGGACGACGAUGCUAUGUUCCGUAUUGAUCCUUAUAUUGCGAGGAUUUUCAAGGAGCGAAACAACCUUCCUGGUAGUGAAACCCAGCAAUCUCAACUUAUGCGAUUUAAGCUUCGCGUGCUUACUUUACUGGAGAUAUAUCUUCAGAGGAAUCCAGGAAAAAAACUGGUGCUGGAUGUGUAUGCUUUCUUAAUGCAAGCUUUUGUGAAAUCACAUAGCGCCGAUGGCAAUGAGCAGUUCAGGCAACGUAUUGGUGGUAUAUUGCAGAAAAGGAUAUUCAAAGCAAAAGAAUGUCCAAAAGGCUUUGAUGUCGAACUUAGUAGACUUGAAAGUUUGCUGCAGAAGGCUCUGCAUCUGGCAUCACGGUCACGAUACAAAGAAGUUGCUUCUGCGGCCCAAAAUGCCACGUUUUGGAUUCUGAAGAUUAUCAAUUCCAAGGGUUGUUCCAAGCAGGAACUUGCAAGUGUGGUCGAUAAGUUCCAGUACAUGCUGAACGACUACUUCAGCAACAAGAAAUCGCGGCUGAAGAUUGGUUUUGUGAAGGAGGCUGUCCGCAGGAACCCCUGGGUAGGACGGGAGCUUUUCGGCUUUGCUCUACAGAAGAUCGGCAGCACCAAGGCUGAAUACCGAAGAGUUCAAACUUUGGAGCUGGUGGACUGCAUAUUGAAAUCCUGGGUCGGCGACGAUGUCUCGAGCGCAUCAAAGGUUUUGAAGAAGCAUAUGGCUCUGCUGUGCGAGCUGAUGCAGGAAAUCCUCACAAAGAUGCCCGAAAACAAGUCGCGUCGCCAGGAGGUGCGUAGAUUCUGCACGCGGGCUCUGCAAACCGUGACGAGGCUCAAUCUGAAAGAGAAGUUUCAGAAGAAGCUAAGCCCGGAAGCCUACACCCUGUGUGAUGCACAGCUGGGAGCUGCAUUUGUUCCCUUCCGACAGUGAUGCGUGUGAAUCCAUUUCUGAAGACGGUGAAUUGCACCAGAAAUGACUUUGGGCUGAAUUAAUUUUGCUUGUAAUAUCAGCUCCUUAGGUUCGAUUAAAUUAAACUGUGUUGUUUUUUCGUGACGAUACCUGAAACAGACAAGCUGGCUGUCAGCAAUAUUGAACAGUAUGAGGAUGUACAACAGUUGUAUGAACGCCUGCCUAUGUUGCGGAGAUUAGAUUUACCGCUUGCUUGCCAAGUUCGUUCAA